UGAAAUAGAGUUAAAGAAUGCUAAAGGUCUGUCAAACGAGAGUGUUAAUUUGUUAAAAUCUCGCCUAGAGGAACUGGCCAGAAAACACUGCGGGGAGGUGAUGAUAUUUGAACUGGCUUACCACGUGCAGUCCUUUCUGACCGAGCAUAACAAGCCCCCUCCUAAGUCCUUCCAUGAGGAGAUGCUGGAGAGGCGCGCUCAGGAGGAGCAGCAGAGGCUGUUGGACGCCAAGCGGAAAGAGGAGCAAGAGCAACGUGAAAUCCUUCAUGAGAUUCAGAAGAGGAAAGAAGAGAUAAAAGAAGAGAAAAAAAGGAAAGAAAUGGCUAAGCAGGAACGUUUGGAAAUUGCUAACUUGUCAAAUCAAGACCAUAGCUCUAAGAAAGACCCUGGAGGACACCGAACACCUGUCGCUAUGCAUGGAGGGUCUCCUGAUUUUGUAGGAAAUGGUAAACAUCGUGCAAACUCCUCAGGAAGAGCUAGGCGAGAACGUCAGUAUUCUAUAUGCAGUAGUGAAGAUUCUCCCGGCUCUUGUGAAAUCCUGUAUUUCUGUAUGGGUAAUCCUGAUCAACUCCUGGUGCACAAAGGGAGAUGUAUUGGUAGUGAUGAACAGCUUGGAAAAUUAGUUUACAAUGCCUUGGAAACAGCCACUGGCAGCUUUGUCUUGUUGUAUGAGUGGGUCCUUCAGUGGCAGAAAAAAAUGGGUCCAUUCCUCACCAGUCAAGAAAGGGAGAAGAUUGAUAAGUGCAAAAAGCAGAUUCAAGGAGCAGAAACAGAAUUCAGCUCACUGGUAAAACUGAACCAUCCAAAUGUAGCACGCUACUUUGCCAUGAAUUCCAAGGAGCAAGACGACUCCAUCGUGGUGGACAUUUUAGUGGAGCAUGUCAGCGGCGUCUCCCUUGCUGCACACCUGAGCCGCUCCGGCCCUGUCCCCAUGCAUCAGCUUCGCAAGUACACAGCUCAGCUCCUGUCUGGUCUUGAUUACCUGCACAGCAACUCCGUGGUACACAAGGUCCUGAGUGCGUCGAAUGUCUUGGUGGAUGCAGAAGGGACUAUCAAGAUUACUGACUACAGCAUUUCUAAGCGCCUGGCGGACAUUUGCAAGGAGGAUGUGUUUGAGCAAACCCGGGUUCGUUUCAGUGACAAUGCGUUGCCGUAUAAAACAGGAAAGAAAGGGGAUGUUUGGCGCCUUGGGCUCCUGCUGCUCUCCCUCAGUCAAGGACAGGAGUGCGGAGACUACCCCGUAACCAUCCCCAGUGACUUACCAGCUGACUUCCAGGAUUUCCUCAGGAAGUGCGUUUGCCUGGAUGACAAGGAGAGAUGGAGCCCCCAGCAACUGCUGAAGCACAGCUUUAUAAACCCUCAGCCCAGAACGCCUCUGGUAGAACAGAGUCCCGAAGAUUCUGGAGGCCAAGAUUAUGCCGAGACUGUUAUUCCUAGCAGCCAGCUGCCCAGCUCUGCUUUCUUCAGUGAGACACAGAGACAGUUUUCUCGCUAUUUCAUGGAGUUUGAAGAAUUACAGCUUCUCGGCAAGGGCGCUUUUGGAGCAGUCAUCAAGGUGCAGAACAAGCUGGACGGCUGCUGCUACGCGGUGAAGCGCAUCCCCAUCAACCCGGCCAGCAGGCAUUUCCGCAGGAUCAAGGGCGAGGUGACGCUGCUGUCGCGCCUGCACCACGAGAACAUCGUGCGCUACUACAACGCCUGGAUCGAGCGACACGAGCGCCCGGCCGGCCCCGGGACGCCGCCCCCAGACUCCAGGCCCCCGGCCCCUGGUGGAUGCGCGGCACCAGCGCAGAGGGCCGACGACGACGGUGACACUGACAGCGUGGAGGCCGCCGCGCCGCCGCCCAUCCUCAGCAGCUCGGUGGAGUGGAGCACGUCGGCCGAGCGCUCCGCCAGCACACGCUUUCCGGGGGCCGGCGCGGGCUCCAGCAGCGACGAGGACGAUGAGGACGAGGAUGAGCGGGGCGGCGUCUUCUCGCAGUCCUUCCUACCAGCUUCAGAUUCUGAAAGUGACAUCAUCUUUGAUAAUGAAGACGAAAAUAGUAAAAGUGAGAAUCAGAAUGAAGACUGCAAUGGAAAGGACAGCUGCCAGGAAAGCGAGCCAUCAGUGACCACCGAGGCUGUGCACUACUUGUACAUCCAGAUGGAGUACUGUGAGAAGAGCACCUUACGGGACACUAUCGACCACGGCCUGUACCGAGACUCCGUCAGACUUUGGAGGCUUUUUCGGGAGAUUCUGGAUGGAUUGGCUUAUAUCCAUGAGAAAGGAAUGAUUCACCGGGAUCUGAAGCCUGUCAACAUUUUUUUGGAUUCUGAUGACCAUGUGAAAAUAGGUGAUUUUGGCUUGGCGACAGACCAUCUAGCCUUUUCUGCCGACAGCAAACAAGAUGAGCAUGCAGGAGAUCACUUGAUUAAGUUGGAUUCUUCAGGCCGUUUGACUGGGAUGGUUGGCACGGCUUUGUAUGUGAGCCCAGAGGUCCAAGGAAGCACCAAAUCUGCAUAUAACCAGAAAGUAGAUCUCUUCAGCCUGGGAAUUAUCUUCUUUGAGAUGUCCUAUCAUCCCAUGGUGACAGCCUCAGAAAGGAUCUUCGUUCUCAACCAGCUCAGAGACCCCGAGUCCCCGAAGUUUCCAGAAGACUUCGAUGAUGGAGAGCAUACAAAGCAGAAAUCUGUCAUCUCCUGGCUCUUGAACCACGACCCAGCGAAGCGGCCCACAGCCACAGAGCUGCUCAAGAGCGAGCUGCUGCCGCCACCGCAGAUGGAGGAAUCGGAGCUGCACGAGGUGCUACACCACACGCUAGCCAACACAGACGGCAAGGCCUACCGCACCAUGAUGGCCCAGCUCUUUUCCCAACGCGUUGCCCUCGCCAUUGAUUACACCUACGACAGCGACAUCCUGAAGGGCAGCUUCUCAAUCCGCACAGCCAAGAUACAGCAGCACGUAUGUGAAACCAUCAUCCGCAUCUUUAAAAGACAUGGAGCAGUCCAGUUGUGUACGCCACUCCUGCUUCCCCGAAACAGGCAAAUCUACGAGCACAACGAAGCGGCCGUGUUCAUGGACCACAGCGGAAUGCUGGUGAUGCUGCCUUUCGACCUUCGGGUCCCUUUUGCACGAUAUGUGGCAAGAAAUAAUAUAUUGAAUUUAAAACGGUACUGCAUAGAACGUGUGUACAGACCUCGAAAGUUAGAUCAGUUUCAUCCCAAAGAACUUCUGGAAUGUGCAUUUGACAUCAUCACUUCUACCACCAACAGUUCCUUACCCACCGCUGAAACCAUCUAUACCAUCUAUGAAAUCAUCCAAGAGUUUCCAGCACUUCAGGAAAGAAAUUACAGUAUUUACUUGAACCAUACCAUGGUAUUGAAAGCAAUACUCUUACACUGUGGGAUCCCAGAAGAUAAACUCAGUCAGGUCUAUGUUAUUCUCUACGAUGCCAUGACGGAGAAGCUGACAAGAAGAGAAGUGGAAGCUAAAUUUUGUAACCUCUCAUUGUCUUCUAACAGUCUGUGUCGGCUCUACAAGUUUAUUGAGCAGAAGGGAGAUUUGCAAGACCUGACACCAACAAUAAAUUCAUUAAUAAAACAGAAAACAGGUGUUGCCCAGUUAGUGAAAUAUGGCUUAAAAGAUCUGGAGGAGGUGGUUGGACUGUUGAAGAAACUUGGCAUAAAGUUACAGGUCUUGAUCAACUUGGGCUUGGUGUACAAGGUCCAGCAGCACAAUGGAAUCAUCUUCCAGUUUGUGGCCUUCAUCAGACGCAGACAAAGGGCUGUCCCUGAAAUCCUCGCAGCCGGUGGCAGAUAUGACCUGCUGAUCCCCCAGUUUAGGGGCCCGCAGGCUCUGGGGCCAGUUCCCACUGCCAUUGGUGUCAGCAUAGCAAUAGACAGGAUAUUUGCUGCUGUCCUCAACAUGGAAGAACCUGUUACAAUAAGUUCUUGUGACCUUCUGGUUGUAAGUGUUGGCCAAAUGUCCAUGUCCAGGGCGAUCAACCUAACCCAGAAACUCUGGACAGCGGGAAUCACAGCAGAAAUCAUGUACGACUGGUCACAGUCCCAAGAGGAAUUACAGGAGUACUGCAGACAUCAUGAAAUCACCUAUGUGGCCCUUGUCUCAGAUAAAGAAGGAAGCCAUGUCAAGGUUAAGUCUUUUGAGAAGGAAAGGCAAACAGAGAAGCGUGUGCUGGAGUCUGAGCUUGUGGACCAUGUGGUACAGAAGCUAAGGACUAAAGUCAGUGACGAACGCAGUAUCAGAGAAGCUUCUGAUAAUCUUGCAGUGCAAAAUCUGAAGGGGUCAUUUUCUAAUGCUUCAGGUCUGUUUGAAAUCCACGGAGCAACAGUUGUUCCCAUUGUGAGUGUGGUAGCCCCGGAGAAGCUGUCAGCCAGCACAAGGCGGCGGUAUGAAGUUCAGGUACAAACCCGACUUCAGACUACCCUUGCCAACUUACAUCAGAAAAGCAGUGAGAUUGAAAUUUUGGCUGUGGAUCUACCCAAGGAAACAAUCGUACAAUUUUUAUCACUAGAGUGGGAUGCUGAUGAACACGCAUUUAACACAACUGUGAAGCAGCUGCUGUCGCGCCUGCCGAAGCAAAGAUACCUCAAAUUAGUGUGCGAUGAAAUUUAUAACAUCAAAGUUGAAAAAAAGGUGUCUGUGCUGUUCCUGUAUAGCUACAAAGACGACUACUACAGAAUCUUAUUUUAACUCCCAAGGAACUGUCUUGAUGAUGCUCUUCAGGCAGGGCCUUAUGCCAAAAUGUGAUGUAUAUUCAGUCACUUUAACCCUAAGCAGCUGUCCUACAAAGCUGAGCUUUGUAAGUUUUUCAGUGUAAUAUAUUAUAGAUUUAUCUUUUUGGAUAUAAUAAAUGUUUUCAUAUA